AUGAUUAUAAUACGAAGUCUGUUCGGAGAGGUUACUUUGAGGAAUUUCCCAAAAUUACGCCAUACGAGAAAAUUCGUCAAAAUUUCUGGUCCCAUAAUUGGCCCUCCUAGGAAAUCCUACAUCGCCAAUACGAAUGCUCUUCAGUAUAUCUGGAACCAGAAGAUAUCGCUAACAACCAAAUAUUUCGGGGCAAUUGGUAGUUGUGCCUAUACUUUAGUACAUGUUCAUCACGACGUGCUAAUUACAGUUUGCCCUCCUCUAGCUAUAGGUGGGUACUAUUUGUAUAAGUUCUUUAGAAAGAAGCAGUACAAUCGAGAAGUUAACAAGAUACUUGGUACAUCGACAGAAAAUGAGAAUGGCAUUGUUCGUUUCAAGACAUACGAUGAAUCGGAACUUGGAAAUGUUCUCAAAGGCAUAGAAAAUGAGGCGGACCAUUUCAAGAGACAAGUAGUGGAUGUGACUGAACGUAGAAUCAUAGACUACAUCAUAAACCAAAGAGGCGAACCUAAAGUCAAGAAAUUCUCUGCUUUAUUCAUGGAUGAAAAUGACCAGUUCUCUGUGAAUACCAAUGAAAAUGAAGUAGAAAGCUGGAUCACGGCCAAGGUAAAAAUUCCCAAUGCUGAAGACCAAACACAAUUCAAUGAAGAUCUCAACUUCGUUAAGUUAUCAUUGCCCUUGUAUUCCAGCAAAGACAUCACAUCCAGAAACAGAACUGGAACAAUAGAAGUGAGUUUAUUGCAGAUAUUUCAAGAGGACAUAUAUGAUGAGAACGGAAAUCUCAUUAAACCCAAGUAUAUAGAUUAUAACAUCUCAAUCUCUGUCAGCCAGUUCAACUUGCUCAAGCCAGACAGCCUUGUGAUAAGGUACGUCGAAGGUGAAGGUAUUUUGAAGAGCAAGUUGAUGCUAGAGGAUAAGGAAGAUGACACAAAAAAGGAAGAGGAAGAGGAAAUUACUGUAAAUAUUUGA